CGAUAUCUAAAUAACAAAUGUGUUAACAAUUUCACAGGGCGAUACACUAUAAAAAAUAUUAUAUAAAUGUAUCUGUGUUCACCCGAUCAAGACUGGAUUUCAUUAGCUCUGAAAGAUGACAAAGACACUAAUUAAGAAAUAAAUGGUAAUCAAUCAAUCUGUGUAAAAAUGAAAACCACCGUUCAAAACAUUCAUAUACUUGUUCUGUUUGGAUGUAUUCUUCCCGUGCAGCUAUUAAACAUAGCAGAAGGACAAAAGGAAUGUUACCCGAAGGGCGACGCAACCUGCUCCUGUGAUUUCUCAGAUGGAAGCGGAACAUUAGACUUCACCAGUCUAGGGGGAAAGAACUCCCAGCCAAGAUUCAAAGACAUUCAACAGGAAGGAGCCACAGACCUGUUUUCCUACAGUCCCUGUGGUGGUUUUGAAGAGGGGCGCUGCCAGAAUGCAGCCGUUUGUAUGACUACAGAGGGACAACAACAGCAGAUAGGUGACAAUGGGAAGGCAAUGUACGGAUAUGACGAUUCCUCGGACAGUGUGGUCAUAGCAUACACGUCGAAAUCAAGUGUCCUCAGUAUAUCGGAGGUGACAAUGAAGUGUGACCCUAACGUUUGUGUUCCGCAGUUCGUCCCGCAGGGACAGCGAAGCGUGGGCGACUAUCGUUUUACGCUGACCACUGUAUGCGCAUGCCCAAAUAUGUGCACUGCUUCCGGUCCAACAAACUGCAACUCAUCGUCUGGUUCAGCGGGUAGUAUUGGACCAGGACUGAUUGUCAUAAUCGCAUUUGCGAGUAUUGCACUGGUGUACGUUAUAAUGGGAGUAACUUACGGACGACUAAAAAACAACGCCAGAGGGACUGAUCUCAUACCGAACAAAACAUUCUGGACUUCUUUGCCCGGACUUGCGAAGGAUGGUGUUCUGUUUAUUGUCAACAAAAUUAGAGGAAGACCAUUGUACGACGCUGUUUAAAGGCAACAAUGUAAAAGCAAUGGCAUUUAUCUAAAUUAUAAUUGAUUUGAAGUGAAAAUAGACUCGCUGUUAUUAACGGAUUUGCAUUGAAACUUAAUCAACUGAUGAUAAAACGUUGUUGUUUAUAUAUUACUUAAAGUAUUUUUGUUGUUUAUUAUAGCUUAAAUAAAUAUGUUA